ACCCGCUACGGCGCACUAGCACGGUCAGUCUUUUUCUUUAUCUCAUUUCCCUAUGUCUUCUUAUUAUCACUCACUUCUGUUUCAUUCUUUAGAGACUUGUCUCACUUCUCAAAAACGGUGCUUCCAAACUGACGAUAGGGCAGGACCUUGACGUCAGGACACACACGUGUGUGUGUUUACCUAUUCGAGCGGGUGCAUGGUUGGACCGUGAGGUUACGGCUGCUCCUCUUGAGGAGGGAGGUCAUGACCCCGAGGCGUCAUGCUCAUCCAUACCUGGUUCCACUUCCACUUCUACUACGGAUACGCGCACAUCUUCGCCUACGCUUGUCGAUGUCCUUCCAUCACACACUCAACAAUUCGAUGUAUACGACCGUGAUGACGUCGUAGUCACACGCACCGUCAUUCGCCCUCAUCGCGAUCCUACUCGUACGCCAUCUCGCAUGCGGAUGGUGCUUGCAUGGAUGUCCUCGUGCUUGCCGCCGUCUCCAACCACCACCCACUCUCCAGCUCCUUCUCCAUAUCACUCAUCUUCUGCUUUAUUAUCCCGUCCCACCCCCCCUUCGAGACCCACAAGCCCGGUGCUUCAAGCUCUCAAUUGCUUCAGCACAUCUUCGGCUUUUAAUAGCGACGUGGAUGAUUCUAUGCCUAUGAACAGAAGGGAGAUACCUGUCUUGCAGGUCAUUGUUACUCAGACAAGGGAGAGGUAUGAGGAUGACAUGGCGUUUAAGGAGAUUGUGGGGAGUAUCUAUCCUGGACCUGUGGCUGGCGCUGUUCUGAGGAGCAGCGGGGCUUGAGGUUGCCUGCUUGGUGUUUGCGAGUGGGCUUAGAUGCUUGCAGGGUGGUAUUCUUUUUGUUGAAUAGAGGUAUAUUUAAUUGCGAUAAUUAG